AUGCUACGUAUAGCUGUAGGUAAUGCUGGGCGUUCUGGCCUUCUGCCAGGUAGAAUAGCAAUUGGUAAAUCUUUUGCCUUAGGAUCAAAGCGCCUGCCAUACACAUCUCUACAAAUAGGUAAUAGCGGCUCUCAGAUAUGGAAAAGAGCUAUUGGUAAUACCAACAAAAACGCUGCUACUCAGCGCAAGGUUGAGCCUCCGAAAGCCGGCGAGGUUGCUAAAUCCGGCACUCCGAGCAUGUCGGAACUGAAGAUAUUGAAGACUCUCGUUCAAUACAUAUGGCCCAAAGGCAACACUAAGGUUAAAAUACGUGUGAUGAUUGCACUAGCGCUACUCAUUGGAGCGAAGCUUCUGAAUGUGCAGGUGCCUUUUUUCUUCAAAGAAACGGUGGAUAAAAUGAACGUGGAUUGGUCAGAUACCACUGUAGCGUUGCCAGCAUCUAUAGCGCUGACCGUAGUAUGCUAUGGAGCUGCAAGGUUUGGAUCUGUAUUGUUUGGCGAGUUGAGAAACGCUGUCUUCUCCCGCGUAGCUCAAAAUGCCAUUAGGACUGUAUCUCUGGAAACUUUCAAGCAUUUGAUGAGACUAGAUCUGGGAUGGCAUUUGAGCCGGCAAACCGGAGGCCUGACUAGGGCCAUGGACCGGGGCACAAAAGGUAUUUCCUAUGUGUUAAGUGCGAUGGUUUUCCACAUAUUGCCGAUAACGUUUGAGAUUUCAGUAGUUUGCGGUAUCUUAACCUAUCAAUUUGGUGCUUCAUUCGCUGGAAUCACUUUUGCUACUAUGUUACUCUACUCCAUUUUUACUAUCAAGGUAACGGCAUGGCGUACAGAGUUCAGAAGAGAGGCCAACAGGGCGGAUAACAAGGCGGCCAGUGUUGCGUUGGACUCGCUAAUCAAUUUCGAAGCUGUCAAACAUUUCAACAACGAAAACUAUCUGGCAGGCAAGUAUCACGAGUCACUAAUGAAAUAUCGCGAUUCUCAAGUCAAAAUAGCCCAGUCGCUAGCCUUCUUGAAUGCGGGCCAGAAUUUCAUAUUUACGUCUGCUCUGGCCUCUAUGAUGUACAUGGGUUGUACUGGAAUAAUCGGAGGAGAUUUGACAGUUGGCGAUUUAGUUCUGAUCAACCAAUUGGUUUUCCAAUUAUCUGUUCCGCUCAACUUUCUUGGCAGCGUUUACCGAGAGCUCAAACAGUCGUUGAUUGAUAUGGAAGCUCUAUUCAAGUUAAGAACCAAUGAAGUCAAGAUACAGAACGUUGAAAGGCCGCUAAUGCUGCCUGAAAACAGCGGCCCGUUCGAAAUCAAGUUUGAAAACGUCACUUUCGGUUAUGACCCAAGACGUAAAAUCUUAAGGAACGCCUCGUUCACGGUACCCGCAGGCCUGAAGACAGCUGUCGUGGGACCUUCUGGCAGCGGUAAAUCAACUAUUCUGAAGCUGGUGUUCCGGUUUUACGAUCCUGAAAGCGGAAGGGUUCUGGUGAACGGGCACGACGUAAGGGACUAUGACUUGGACUCGCUCAGACGCGCGAUCGGAGUCGUGCCGCAGGAUACUCCGCUGUUCAACGACACCAUCUGGGAGAACGUCAAGUUCGGUCGUAUCGACGCCUCCGAGAACGAAAUAACGCAGGCCAUCGAAAAAGCCCAUCUGGCACCACUUAUCCACAAGCUGCCCGCGGGUUCAGCCACCAUUGUUGGUGAAAGAGGUCUCAUGAUUAGUGGCGGCGAAAAGCAGCGACUCGCUAUCGCGAGAGUGCUGCUCAAGAGCCCUCCCAUCAUGUUUUUCGAUGAGGCCACCAGUGCUCUGGACACCCACACCGAGCAAUCGCUGCUCAAGACCAUCCGCGAGAACUUCGACCGCGGUUCCAAGACCAGCGUCUACAUUGCACACAGACUGAGAACCAUCGCCGAUGCCGACAAAAUCAUGGUGCUGGAAGACGGUUCCGUCAGAGAAGAAGGCACACACAGCGAGCUCCUUAGCAGGAAGGACUCGCUCUACAAGCAGCUGUGGAACAUACAAGAGAAUCUCGACGUGAUCGAGAGCGAGAUCAACAGUGAGCAGAAUCUAGAGAUCCGAUAG